AUGUCCCUUCGCUCCGCGAGAUGGGAGUACCUUAAUGACGUCAUUGGUCCAAGCCUAAGAGAAAAACCAAAAGCCUUUUAUCAAUAUGUUAAAAGACUUAGGCAAGACUCCACAGGUAUUCAGCAACUCCUUUCUGAAGGAUGCCUGAAAUCUUGCAGCCAAGAAAAGGCAGACAUCCUUAGUCGUCAGUUUGAAUCGGUUUUCACUACAGAACCGGACAAUGUCCUUCUGCCUAACAUCCUUCCUUCUCGAUAUUCAUCAAUGGAAGACAUUUCAGUCCAUGUCAAUGGUGUUGAGAAGCUUCUGAGGGGACUAGAUGCAUCCAAAGCCACUGGUCCGGAUAACAUCCCAGCCAUCCUUUUGAAAGAGACGGCCUCAGAAGCAAUAUACCUUGGUAUCGUCAUCUAUGCUCCUGCCCUUGCCUUAAACCAAGUGAGCGGUUUGCAUCUGUGGGGAUCCGUUUUGGCGAUAGGCAUUGUCUGUACAUUCUACACCACUAUCGGUGGAAUGAAAGCUGUACUAUGGACCGAUACAUUUCAAGUGACUGUCAUGAUGGCCGGAUUCCUCGCUGUCAUCAUCGCUGGUUCCAUGAACUUGAAUGGAUUCAGCGAGGCUUGGCGGAUCGCCGGAGAGGGCGGGCGACUUGAUAUUUGGGACUUCAAUCCAGACCCAACUGUACGCCAUACUUUCUGGACAGUUGUUGUUGGAGGAACAUUCUUCUGGGGCACUCUAUAUGCUGUCAACCAGUCACAAGUUCAGAGAUACCUGACGUGUGGAUCGGAAAAGACUGCUUUACUGUCUCUGUUCAUUGCUAUUGUUGGCAUGAUCAUCGUGGUGACAGCAGCGUGUAUUUCUGGAAUCGUUAUGUACGCUAACUUCGCUGAUUGUGACCCUCUGACGAUGGGAUAUGUAUCCAAAUCAGAUCAGCUCAUGCCUUAUUUUGUGAUGUACCUUUUUGGCAAGAUGCCUGGAUUACCUGGUCUGUUUACCUCAGCCGUAUUCAGUGCUGCCCUCAGUACAGUGUCUUCUGGAGUGAACUCACUGGCUGCUGUGGUAGGAGAGGACAUUGUGAAAUCAAUCUGGCCCAAAAUGAAUGAAAGAACUUACACAUGGAUAACCAAAGGACUUGCUCUUUUCUUUGGAUUACUAAGCAUUGCGAUGGCCUUUGUUUCUUCACAACUUGGCAGUGUUCUCGGUGCAGCUUUCAGUGUAUUUGGAAUGAUAGGGGGCCCUCUUCUUGGCCUAUACACAUCAGGAAUGCUCUUUCCUUGGAUAAACUCUGCAGGGGCGUUCGUCGGCACCUUGUUUGGAUUGACAUGGUCUCUCUGGAUUGGUAUUGGAGCACAGAUCUACCCGCCCUCAUCGGUGAAACCACCGUUAAGCAUAGAUGGAUGUAACGUUACUAUGGAAACCAUGACAACAGCUAUGUUCGAUAACUUGAUGAAUUCUUCGACAAUGGAACCACCAGUGGAAAGACCAGCCAUAGCCAGUCUAUAUUCAUUGUCAUACGCCUGGUACAGCUGUGCAGCUAUGCUCAUGACCAUCUUCUGGGCCUUCGUUUUCAGCUUUAUUACGGGAGCAAAUGACCCUCGAAACGUAAACCCUAUGGUUAUUAGCCCCAUUGCAGAUCGAAUGUACUGCUGCUUGCCAGAAUCUGUAAAGCGUCCUCUACGGUGCCAUGUUGGAGAACUAUACGAGGAGGAACCAAAUUAUCAAAUGGAUAAGUUUGCUGGUGAGGAAAUGAAAGUGGCUUAUUCCAAUCCAGGCUACAUUGGUCAGAAUUCACCUACUUGUAUUGGCUGCGCUCCAAGUCUUUUCCAUGAUGAGCACCAGACCGACACAAGCUCGAAAAUAUGAUUUCAGCAGAAAAAUACAUUGUGCCAUCGCAUGCUGUGACAAAUCCAGGGAUAAAUAUCAUUUCAGACGCAUACUGUCUACCUGCUGCUAAAUCAUGUAAAUAGGACAUAUCACUAAAAAAAGAACUUCUGUGUUCAUACCAGUGCGUUUAAUUCUCACUCCGUCUAAUUGUUAUUUAAACGAAUGCCCCACAAUUUCCACCACGUCUACUUAUUGUGUGCUUUAAAUUUGGAUCAUAAAUAGUUCGUCUAAUCAUACAUUGUGUAAGAACAAGUGGAAGAGUGGAUUACACACAAUGGAUAUAGCCUAAUGGAAAAUUUAAAUGGACAAAAUGGUUAAUGGGCUGAUAUGCUAAGUUGGCGAAUCGGUUGUAGACGAACUGGUAUUAGACCAAAUGGAAAGAAGACGAAGUGGGUGUGGGUCAAAUUGCAAUUUACUCCGAUGGCAAGCGUUUAGCGCUAGAUACUACAUUGUAGAGUAUAACCUUUGUCUAAAUAUGGUAAACUUAUGAUAAAUGAAAAUCAUAAAUUUAUUUUAUUGGUAUCGAUGGGAGACGAAAAGACAUCAAAGGAAAGUGGUCCUUUAUUCGACAUCCAUGUAAAAAAAAUCUAGGAAAAUAGCAGCUUAUUACCGUGUUUACACGCUGCAUCGAUCGGCUCGCGGUGAGGACCCGAGAGAGUCGGUGCAGACUUGGCUCGCGGAUUAUCCUGCGUCGCGUUUACACGCUGCCCCAGCUCGUGGUGCAGAAUCGACUCGUGGGGCAAAAACACAGAUCAGUGGAUUAGAUUUAAAUCAUGAAACGCGCGCUCAGUGCCGGUGCAGACUCGGCUUCGUAUUUACGCGAAGAAAAAUUGCCUUGUCUGCAUCGGCUCGCGGUUCUGAAGGUUUCCACUUUGGCGAGUUAACAUCGCGAGUAAUGGCGAGUUAUGGAGAGUUGCCAAAAUGCGGCACUCGCGAUAACUCGCAUAAAGCUCACCAUGAAACUCGGGAUAACUCGCGACAACUCGGCAUGGCUCGGCGGAGCUCUUUCAAGCUCGGGACAACUCUCCUUGAAGUCGUGAGCAGUUUCAAAAUUUUUGAACAUGUUCAAAAAUGUUGCUUACUCGCUGUAACUCGUGUUGAACUCACCUAAACUCGUCAUAUACUCUCAGUACUCGCAAUAACUCGGAAGAAGCUCGAGAUAAACUCGUCAUAACUCGUAAUAACUCGCCACAUCUGAGUAUACGCGAGUGCGUUCCGAGUUGUCAAGAGCGAGAUACGAGCAUUGCGAUCGUUUUACGAGUCAAGUGGAGGUGCCCACGAGAUAAGAGCGAUUUUAGAUCGAGCACCCCGAGUUACAGCGAGUUUCGUAUGAGUUUAUUCAGAGUGCGUUGCGAGUGCUCAUUGACAUGCCAGCUGAAUGAUAAAUGUCCAUGGAUCUAUAUUUUUGCCAUAUAUAAACCCCUCAAAAAAAUUGAAAAUCUGAGUUUGGCCAUUAAUUUCUCCCAACUCCCAAUUUUACACAAUGCAUAUUUGACAUCAUUUAAAAGAUCAUUUAAUUAUCUUUACAAUGAUACAAUGCUUGUUAUGAUCAUGCCAUCACGAAAAGAACAGGAUUCAAAGUGUUGGAUGAAGUCUGAAUUGAAUAGCUGCAAAACGAGCCAAAAAUUUUGAAAUCUGAUUUUGGCCAUUAAUUUCUUCCAACUCCAAAUUUUACACAAUGCAUAUUUGAUAUCAUUCAAAAGAUCAAUUAGUUUCCUUUAAAAUGAUACCAUGCUUGUUAUGAUCAUGCCAUGACGAAAAGAGCAGGAUUCAAAAGUGUUGGAUGAGGUCUGAAUUGGAAAGCUGCAAAACGAGCAGAAAUAGUCAUGAAGGUUCCAUACAGAACAUGAUUCUUUUGUCUGUGUCGAUAGAGAUAAAAAUCCAUUCAAAUCAAGCCCCCGCUUCUUCAUUUUUGUCUCACCUGCAUAGCAGAGUGAGACUUUAGGCGCCGCUUUUCCGACAGCCGCACAGUGGGCCAGAAUGGGUUGAAAGUGCGCCAAAAAUAUAUUUCGAGUUAUAUUUUACUUUAACAUGUUGAUUAAGGGUAAGUUUGGGCGUAGAAUUGACUGAACAUAAUUUAAAGCCGAUGUGACGUCACCUUGAUACAAAAUUUUGAUUGGCUACUUAAAACCUAUCUGUGAAAAGACAAAUUACGCUAAACAAUGUGUGGUAUAUACAUUUUGUGUUAUGCAUGUGCUACUGUCAGAUUGACCAGAGUGAAUGUUGGUUUAUGUUUCUCACAUGCCUAAAAAGUGUGUAUAAGAUGCCAACAAUAAUUUUAUGGCAUCAAAAUGAUCAUUAAUUAGAUUUAUAAAAUCUGAAAUAUAUUAACCGUGCUUUAUCAAGCUGUGUUGACUUGUGUAAAACGCAGAGUAUAAAAAACACCACGAACGUAUCACUAUGAGGAGGGUUUUUUUACUGAAAUUAUUAUACAAGUAAGUUUUAUAUCUGGAAGAGUUGUGGGUAUAGCCCUUAUUUGCGUUAGCGACCUUUAUUUUGUUUACAUUAUGCCCGGAAUUCAUGUCAUUUUCAUGGAAUGAAGGGGAAUCGUCCUCGCUGUGCAAAAGCGAACGGCAAUAAUGUACACCCAUACGGUGCGCUACGACGACUGCGCGGCAUAAACAUGACCGUUUUUAACAGGUUUUUGGGGUGUUGUGUCAAGUAAAAUCGGCUCUAACAUGAAAACGGGCAAAAACGGGCAGCUAAAUUUGGUAUCGACUUAAAGCUUAGACAUCGGGAAAAAUGAUGCUUAUAGAAUUUAGACGGAAAUCCACGAAAAUCUAAACGUUUCUAAUGUAAAUGCAAAAAACAUGGAUUUUCAGCCUAUUUCGAGGAAUAAUCAUCCUAUAAACCCCCUGAAAGAUGUCUUUUAUCUACUUUGAACCCUUUCACACGAAAACAGAAUAUAUCAGGAUUAUGUGGGAGCCAUUUCAGAUUCCUACAUGAAAAACCUCAUGUAAAAUGGCCUGUUUUUCAACUAGGUUGUCACAUACGUGACAUUUCGCAAAAUGUCACAUUUUACGAUUUGAGGUAGGAAAUUAACAACCUUUAUGCAAAUUCCGGAAUGAAAUAUUUUGCCGAAGUAUUCUUCAAAGUGUUGUCUUUCAGCUGGGCAUAACAAAAAUUAAAAAUCUGAAAUUGCCCAAAAUUACUUUUGGCGCACUUUUGUUUCGCCCCGGCCCACUGUGCGCCGCCGCCGGCAUCCAUCUUUGAGUGCCCAAAAUGUGCAUUUCCUUCACCUUGAUCGUAUGAAACUCUUAUCACUCGUAACAAAAUCUUGAUAACUCGUUCAGAGCUCGCUUUAAGUCGUAUAAAGGUCACUGCAACUCAUACUAAGCUCGGUCUGACUCGUUUUGCGCUCGGUUCACUCGUACAGCAAGCGUAGUGAACUCGAUGUUGAGUCUUUUGUCACUCAAGCAAAUUCAAGAUAAAAUGUGAAUUUUACGCGAGCUUGUGUGCGGUGGCCUUAAAGGCGAGUUAGAGGUCGCGCAGCUCGCGUAUUAUAUGACUCGCAACUCAAACUCGCCAAAGUGGAAACCUUACUAUUUUGGCGGAGCAAAAUUGCCAUGUCUGCACCGCGAGCCGAUGCAAGUUAAUGGCGUUUACACGCAUAAAAACUGCGAGUCUGCACCACGUUAUUAUGAGUGAAAAUACCCGGAAUUAUUUAGUUACAAGAGAAAAAAAUAUGCCCACCUGGACGUAAUUGAUAUCCAAUUGAUAUCCGAAAAAAGAAUGCCUUUCAAUUUAUACUGGUUGAUCUCUUAAUAUAAAUUCUGUAUUUUUAAUUUUUUUUAAUUUGAAGAGGUUAAUAUGUACGUGAAGAGGUUGAAUAGAAAUAUAUCUUUGCUGUGAAAAUAUACAUCAAGUCUGUUUAUUAUAUUUGUAUAUGCAAGCACAGAAUGUCAACAAAGCAAGUCUCAAUUUAUCGUAAUGGACAAAAACAAAAUGCUUGUUGAUUAUGUUGAUUUUCUUAACAAUUGUGAAUAAAAGCGUGUUCUCUUGAUCUAGGACACUAUAAAACAA